AUGGAUCCCAUCUCGUCGACACUCGGAAUCGCGGCUGGAGUGGCUUCCAUCAUCACCAUCAUCGGCAAAUCCGUCUGUACACUUAACACUCUCCGGCUCAAAUACAAGGAUGCAGCAUUCAACAUCAAUCUCCUCACGAAUCGACUCUCCAUAGUCAAGACUGCUCUGGUGCAGGUGGACCAUUUUGUGAACGAAAAUCUGGAACAUGAACCUCAGCAUCUGCAACUCACACUCGAUCUCGACGAGUCUCUCAAGUGUUGCGGAACGUUGGUGGAACAUAUACACGAUCAAAUCGCCAAGUUCGAAUGGGAUGAUGAGCUAUUACGACUUGGCCGCAGGGCGCUCUUCCUGCUCGAGGAUCAAACCAUCAAAGACCUAAUGAUGCAUUUGGAUCAUCACAUUAAUGCUCUUAAUCUUUGUCUCAUUGCUUUCAAUUGCCGUACACCAAAUGAACAGAAACGAUUCCUCAACCGAGAAGAGAGCAGGAGGGUGUUCAAGUUGGCACGAGAUGACACGACGUCGUUGAUCGAAUUUCGCGACUCGAUAUCGUUUGGUACCUCUGCUAGACGAUCGUCCAUCGGCUCGCAGUUUUCCAAGACAUUCGAAUUCGACGGGUUCCUCCUGCGACACAAGAUCUACCAAAACACCUUCCGGUCGAUGCUCCGACGAGUGGCGAGUCCCACGGAGAAUCUAGCUCUAAAUAUCAAAAGUCGGACCAUGUCUGAGACACCACCGAUAUCUCCCCAGAGUGACUCGAAGACGUCAGCACUGAUAGACUCCCAACUAAAGGAAGAUGGGCGUAAGAUGAAGCGAGAAAUCAAGAUGCUUGCGAUGGGGGAUCGGCAUGGUCGAUCGGCGGUGGUCCGACAGAUGCGCAUCAAGUUUGGACAGCCGUUUACAGAUGCUGAGAUCGAGCAACACCGUCAGUCAAUUACCCUUCUGACUAUUCAGGCAUUGAUUGCGAUUGUCGACUAUGUGCAACACUCGACCGGAUUCAUCAGUCAUCUCAUCAAAGCCCAUGCUCAGAUUGUGCGUGACUUCGUGGUACAAGGAGCCCCUGAUUGGACGGUGAGCCCUGAGGUGGCAACGAGCAUAAUGCAAAUAUGGCAGAAUUGGCACGUGAAGCAAGCAUAUCGCAUCAUGCAACAGCAUGGGCCGACGGCAUAUUUUCUCCGGGCUAUCGAACGAGUCUGUCACCCGGACUACUUUCCCAGUAAUAUGGAUAUCAUCCGAGCACCAGAGACAAUUGACACAGUCAAAGAGACCGAGCUGACGAUCGACAAGGCAACGGUGCGUGUGGUGGAGAUCAAAGACCAAAAUGCGAUGCGCAUCAUGCCACAGUUCGCCGAUGUCCACUUUUGCGUCUUCUCCAUUGACCUAACAUGCUACAAUCGAUACCUAGACGACGAGGAUAGCACAAACGAACUGUUCGAGCGACUGCAAUACCUACGGGCGAUAUUCCGGUCCAAGUUUUUCCACAGCACUGUUGUCUUGAUUGUCUUUACAAAUUCAUUGGCAUUUGCGAAACAAAUUGCUGAGUCACCGUUAAAAAGUCAUUUUGGCGACUACAGCGGCGGGAACAACGUCGAUGCCGCCAUGAAAUAUAUCAUCGGGCGCUGUAAGCUGAUGAAUCAACUGGAUCGACCAUUCUUCUGGCACUGUUACGACUUCGCAGCACGGCAAGGGGACGGUGAACUGAUGGCAGACUUUUUCCGACGAUCAGCUUCGAUCGUAGGGACCAUGAAGCGCUUACGGGAGAUUGGGCUGGGACCGAAGAGUGACUGGAGAUGA